ACACCUGUGGAGCAGCGAGGGCCCGCAGUUACGCCAGAAGCAGGUAGAGCAGAAGGUGCACGCCGUGGCAGGGCGCAGGUACAUGUGUGCGCACACAGCUCCAUAGCCUCGGUUCCUCGGCAGCCAUGAAUCGGGAAGAUCAUUAUUACUCCUCGCAGGUUUUUAAAGACUCCUGUGCCUACCAGAGAUCGCAGGGAGAGGACUACAGCCACAGCCCGCCGCCCUGCCUCUACAUGAGCAGGCAGGUCCACUCUGUCUACACCACGCCGUCUAUGGGAGCCUUGGACCAGGCCAGCCUUACUGACAUUGCCCCCUCGUAUAGUAUACCCAUGCGAGAGGAUCCAGGUGUGCCGCAGCUCCACCACCCUCAGGGGCCCCAGCAGCAGCCUCUCCCACCCACCGGAGGUUACGGAGACACGGGAGAACAGAGCAGAUAUCACCUCCCUUUCCCCUGGAUGAAAACCACCAAAUCCCAUGCACACACCUGGAAGGGGCAAUGGGCAGGGCCGUACGUGAUGGCGGAGAUGGAAGAGAACAAGCGCACGAGGACAGCUUACACUCGCGCGCAGCUGCUGGAGCUCGAGAAGGAGUUCCUGUUCAACCGGUACAUCUCGAGGCCGCGGCGCGUGGAGCUGGCGCUGACCCUCAGCCUCACCGAGCGCCACAUCAAGAUCUGGUUCCAGAACCGGCGCAUGAAGUGGAAGAAGGAGGAGGACCGGAGGAGGGCGCGAGGGGCCGACCCCGACCAGGACUCCUCCAUCACCUCCGGGGACCUGAGGGAGGGUGGCGGCGGCGUCACCUCCACGAACGGACCCCACACCACACCUCCUCUGUCCCCGCUACAUGGCCACACUCUCUCGGGCUCCAGCUCCAGAGAGGCCGCCUAGACCUCCGGGAGGGCAAAGACACCAAGAGGCACUUACUCACAGGACAGGCCAAUAGACUCAUAUGGACCCCUCAAACUUUUUAUACACCAUCUAAGACCCCCUGCAUAUUACACUUAGAUUUGAUUGUGCCCCAGAGACCUAUCUGAGAAGAUUCAGGCUUUGUUUUUAGGUUGCCUGUCUGUGUCUAGAGUUAUAUCGCACCAGUAUAAUGGCAACAGCGAGGAGAAUGAAACCUAAAAUAAUCCAAUCAUUUUCAGUGCUAAUUUUCAGAGGGUGAAUUAGACCUAAUAUAUAGCCUACUGAAAGGAAACCCCUCCCUAUUUUGCUGGGGGGCCCUGUUGCUCCCACAAGGACCCCUGGUGGACCCCACACCCCAACUUUGGGAGCUACUAACUGAGGGGGCAUUACUGGUCUGUGAUCUAACCUCGCCAUGGGCUCUGUUGGGGGGCAUACAACCACAUGACAAUGAUGUGAACAUUACCAAACCAUGCAAGGACCACCGCUGUGUUUUGUCACACAGGAGGCAGUAUAGUCUACUCAGUUGCACAAACUGGGCUAAUCUAAACUUGAUUUGCCUUCAGUGGGCCAGGCCUUUGCGCUAUUUCUGACAUCUGAGAAAUGAAUGGCAGUACAAUCAAGUUUAGUUUAUGAAUGUAUAUAGUGUAUGUCAAGAAUAAAGAAGCCUAUAUAGGCCAUACAUUAAAUCACCGAUCCUUGUUAUUA